AUGAAGGCCAUAAAUUCCCUGCACGGUUUCAACUUCAAUUCCUCACUCCCUAAACUACCUCUCACCAAAAAUCCACAAAAAAAUUAUGCAGCCAAUUUUAGCCUGCUCAAUGUUGCCGAAACCCCACCUGAAAAUUCAGCUUCUGCUUCUCUUCAGCCUUUAUCUUUCAAUUCCUUGUCCAACCUUUCUUUAUAUAAUGACUUUAACGAACAUAAAUCCCUUGAUUCUGUCAAAGAAAGCCAUGCCCAGAUGAUAAAAGUAUGGAAUAAAUGGAAUUCAGUUGUAAAUGUGCAAUCUUUGAUUAUGUCUUACUUGGAAUUUGGUGAUUUUCGAUCUGCUACUAUGGUUUUCAUUGUAGGUUUUGCACAAAACUAUUUGUAUUGGAAUUCUUUUGUUGCAAAUUUUAGGAACUCUGGUGGAGACCCUAAUGAAAUUCUUGAAGUUUUUGCUGAGUUGCAUAAUAAAGGCGUGAUAUUUGGCAGUGAAAUUCUGACAAUUGCUCUAAAACUUUGUGCAAAUCUAGAGGAUAUAUGUUUAGGCCGGGAAGUUCAUGCUUGUUUGAUCAAAAGGGGAUUUGAUUUGGAAGUGUAUCCUAAAUGUGCAUUGAUGAACUUAUAUGGGAAGUUUUUAGGUGUAGAUAGUGCUUCUAUGGUGUUUGAUGAAAGAUCACAACACAACUUCUUGUUGUGGAAUGAAGCUGUUUUAGUACAUUUGAGGAACGAUAGAUGGUUGCAGGCUCUACAAACAUUUCACGAUAUGCAAUUUUCAUCUUUUAAGGCUAAUAGCCUAGUGAUUGCUAAGGUUCUAGAAGCUUGUCGAAAACUGGGUGAUCUUGAAGCGGGAAAACAGAUACAUGGGUACGUUAUUCGAAAUUCAGUUGAAUCAGAUUUUUUGAUAUGCAAUUCUUUGAUUAGUAUGUACUCGAAGAACGAUAAUCUUGAACUUGCUCGAGCUGUAUUUGAUCUAAUGGGAAAUCGCAACUUAUCCUCGUGGAACUCAAUCAUCUCGAGUUAUACUGCUGCUGCCUGUCUGGAUUAUGCAUUGGAGCUAUUUCAUGAAAUGGAAACUUCCAAUGUGAAGCCAGACAUUGUAACCUGGAACUGUCUUUUGUCAGGACAUUUUUAUUGUGGAUCUCAUCGAGAGGUACUGAACAUCCUAAAAAAAAUGCAAGUUGCAGGUUACAAGCCAAAUUCAAGGUCUAUAACCACGGUUCUUCAAGCAGUAAGUGAAUUACGUUACCAGAAUUUGGGGAAGGAAAUCCAUUGCUACGUUAUAAGAAACGGGCUCGACUCUGACUUGCAUGUAGGAACUUCUUUGCUGGACAUGUAUGUGAAGAAUGGUGACUUAACAAGUGCUCAAGAUUUUUUUGAUGGAUGUAUUAAGGAAGCUUUAGCAAUGAUUCGUGAAAUCAAAACAUUAGGCUUGAAUCCAAAUGUUGUUUCAUGGACAGCUCUAAUAUCAGGAAUCAUAGCAACUAAGCAGAUAGAUGACGUCGAGAAACGGGAAAAAGCAAGCAAAGCAUACAGAGAUUUAUAA